AUGUUGGGAGCGGAAGCGGAGUGAGUAGCGGCGGCGGCAGUAGUAGCAGUAGCCCUGCUGGACGUCGGGAGGUUGGCUCUGCCCGGCAGCGGCUUCUUCCGAGCCCAGUUCUCUCCGUCGCCCGCGCGUGGGCAGCUCUGCCUCGUCCGCCGCCCCCAGUGCGGGGGUUGGGAGCGCGAGUGUCCCGGCAGUGCCCUCCCCUUGGCCAGCAGCAGGAGGAGGAGGAAUCCUGACCCUGAGCCUGAGCGAGAGACUGUGGGGCAGCGGCGGCGGCUCCAGGUGGGGGGAGCUCGGAAGUUAAAGCGGGAAGAUGCCGUUAGCGCAGCUGGCGGACCCCUGGCAGAAAAUGGCUGUGGAGAGCGCGGCGGAGAGCAGCAGCAGCAGCGCCGAGGUAAGGCGACCUGAGCGGCCGGCCGGGGAGCGGGCACAGCACCCCCUGCUGCCGCCGCCGCCGCUGAGCCCCGGAGGGCGAGGAGGGGCCCGCCAGGAGGCGGGGGGAGAAUGAAAAGCCCGUCCUGGGCAAAGGGGAACGUUUUGUCGCUCUGCUUCCGCCUGGGCUUGGGGACCGGCGGCCGCUUCCUCUUUCUUCGAAAUGCCCCAUGCGAGGCAGGGCAGCCCCCUUGCCCGUCUGGGGGCUCUUCGUGGCCCCCUUGGCCGCAUGCUGUGUCUCCCCUCUCCCGCCUCACCCCGUUCGCUCCUUUACUCCAGAUUAGCCAAGUCCGCUUCCCUCUCUCGCCCUCGCGGCUCUCGGGGGCAGCGAGUCACGAAGGGGCGCGUUUCCGACUCUCACCCUUUUCAGCGACAGGAUAUUUAAAAUCCGUAUUAGUAAUGGCUUGCUAGGCGGCGAGGGAGAGAGUGGUGUGGGCAACUCUUUUGGCACACAAACCCCCUCUUCCCGUCUUGAUCGCCCCGGUUCGGAGAAUAAAUUUCUUUUGGCGGCAGAACGGUUUCUCUGUACGCAGUGGCAUUGAGAUCUCUGGCAUAAUGGAGAGGGCACAGUUUACCUCUGCCUUCCUUUGAAAGGAAUUUAGUGGGAUCUCCCUGUUGGGGAGGAGGAGGGAGAUAAAGUAUGUGAGGGGGUGCCUAUGCCCUUCUCUUCUCCCCUCUUUACUGAAACAGAUCUGUUUUGUGAUGGGAUUUUUCACCUUAGGGAAGAAACAUGCUGAUCCAUACCGCUAACGCUGCUGAUGGCUUUCAAGCUAAUUUCGAACAGCCUCCUUAUUCCAUUUGUUUGCAAGGGACGAUAGUCAGGGGAAGUGGAGGGGGCGAGACCCCUGACUGCUGGUCAGGGCAAGGCCAGUGGGUUAAGAAAAUCAUAAGAGGGUGGGAGCAAAGGGACUUUCCCAUCUAUAGCCAAUGCUACUACUGUUCUGAAAUUUGCUGGAGGAGGAGUUAAAUAGUGUUAAACUUCGGAAUAUCUCAGUAAUCAUCUUUCCUCUCUCCACUUCAUAAGGUGCAGCCCGAACACAUCACCUUUAUGAAGCCAAGAACAUCUGGGUUAGGUGGUUGUGGUGUGGGUUGCUGUCAGAUUGUCAGAUCUGUGGUAGAAACUGAAGGGUUGAAUGACUUGGCAGCUUUUGUUCUUUUUGAUGGUGUUCGGUUACUUUCCCCGGCUACUGUCUCUUCCUCCCUCCCUUCCCCCUCAUUUUGACCGGAUGCUCAACUUCCUCCAUGUACAGGUCUGUAACCAGGCAGUAGGAACAGUUUGCACAUGAGAGCAAGUUUUUUCUUUUCUCAUUUUUAAAAGGGGAAGUCCUCAUAUCCUGCUUCCGCUGAAAGCACGGACCAAUAUAGGAACUGGUGGUCAUCGUCUCCAUCCCCCCCCCCAAAGUUCUCAUGAUCCAAGAAGCAAUGUACUUUAUGUAGUUGAAGCAGCAUGCUUGUGGUUUGAUCAAGUUUAGAUAAUCUGGCUUAAUUAGUUGCUUUCAGGGUAUGGUUCUGAGAAAACCUCUCUGCUGUUUCAUCAAGUGGUUCCUUUUAUUGGUAGUAAUAAGGUGUUGUGAUAAUUUGGCAUAAUUAAAUUACCCUGUUUCUAGUUUUGUUAAAUCCCGACCUGAAGUAUUCUGUUCUUUUUGACUUAGGCUGAUAAGUAGAGCAACAGUAUUUGUGUUUAUAACACUUUGUUCCAUAAAGAGUUUGUUUUAAAAAAACCAUUUGCCUCAGAGGUGUAAUAACAAUAAGGCAUUUUAACUGUAUUUCUAUGAAUGACGUAUCAUUGCAGCCUAUUGAAAUAUAUCAGUUCCCCUAUGGAGACAACCAGAUAGCAUGUCUAAAUAUCAUUCCAGGAGCUAAGUAUAAUGUUUGAAAGACGCUUAUGAUCUGUGUUGUGCUUGUUAUGUGCAGAACAUAAAAGUAACCCCACUGGAUCAGACCAAAUGUCUGUCCAGGCCAACAUUCUUUUCGCACCAGAUGCUUAUGGAAAUCCCAGCGGCAGGACAUGAGUACAACAGUAUUUUUCUAUUCAUGAUUGUCACUGGCUGGUUUUCAGAGACCUACUACUCCUACAGUGAAGAUAGAAUAAAGUCAUUAUGGCUAGUAGAUGGUCUUACUUUCCAUGAAUUUGUCUAAUUCCCCUUUUAAAGCCUUUAACUAUGAACUAUGUGAAGAACAGUUUGCACAAUUUUAUGCAGUUCUGUCAUGUCUGUCCCCCCUUAUUUAUAGCAGGGCAGUCAAACGUGGCUCGAGGACUACAUGUGGCCCUUGAUGCCUUUUUUGGUGCUCCUCUGCACCCCCAGGCCUCUUUUCCAAAGCAUAUAAAUGCAUAGCAUAGUAACAACCCCCCCCCCAAUAGAUUGUUUAAUUAGCCAGAGGCAUUCCCAGCUAUAUCAAGGGUAGCCAGCAUGGUGCCCUCCAGAAAUUACUGAAGUACAUCCCUAGCCAUUGUCCAUGCUAACUGGGGCUGAUGGGGGUUGGAGCAUGACUACAUUAGCCCAUGCCAUUGGUGCCAGGAUGCAGCAUGACCACUGACUUCUCCCCAUCACCAUCUGCCAGCCUUUCUAGAUGAUGUAUGACAUUUGCAGUCUUCACACCAGGCAGGCAGGUCAGAAACUUAGCUAUUUUUGUUUAUAAUGAUAAAAUUGCCCACUACCAGGAGUAUCUGCUCAUCCAGAUAAUCUUUGCCAGCUCCACACAUUUCUGAUUGUGACUAGCCUUGGUGUAGAGAUGUUAUAUGCUAUGGAGCCAAUGAACUUAUAAGGGUUUCAAACAUAAUAUGGUAUGCUGCUCCAUGGAAAAACUUCUAAGUAGAUCCCACUGGAAGAGUGCAUCUUUCAAAAAAGUACUUUUGAUGUGAAAUAAUUAAAAGUGUUUCUUCCCACCCUAUUCUUUCAAGACAGUAGUGUGGUUUAAAUUAGUGAAUAAAUAAUAAUAUUGCAUGGGAAUGCUCGUAGUAAUAGACCUUGGUAAUUAGGAACAGUGCUUGUUUAAUACGUGAUUGUGACCCAAAAGCCUCUGGCUUUCUUUGCAUAAAGAAUUAAAUAUAGCCAGUUUCAUUUGGUUAAGUGAAAUUAAUCUAAAUGUCUGUAUGUUUCUCAAAACUCCAGUCUGAGCUGCAACUAGAGUUGGUUAUGAACAUAAGAACAGCCCACUGAAUCAGGCCAGGGACCCAUUUGUCCACAUCCUGUUCUCUCAGUACCCAACCAGAUGUCUGUGGUUUCCACUAACUGAUACCCAGAAACAUACUAUCUCUGACAGCAGAGGUAGAACACAGCCUUAUUCACCAGGAAUUUGUUUUACAGCCAUCCAAGAUGGUGGCCAUCACUACCUCUUGUGGGAGUGAAAUCCAUAGUAUAACUAUUCAUUGAAGGAAGAAGUACGGUAAUUUCGUUUGUCUGUGCUGAAUCUUUCAACAUUCAGCUGCACUGAAUACCCCCAAAUUUUAGUGUUAUGAGAGAAACUUUUUUCUAUCCACUUUUUCCAUAGCAUGCAUAGAUUUAUACACUUUGAUCAUACUGCCUCUUACUUGGCUUUUCUCUAAACUAAAAACUGCAACCUUUCCACAUAAGGAAGUGGCUCCAUCCUCCUCCUGAUCAUUUUGGUCUCAUUCCUUGUCAGUCACGGCCAGUUCAGACCCCAGAUAGGUGAGGUUAAUUAUUAAUUUUUUGUCCCAAAUGCAUGACUCUCAUCAAAAAUGGAUGUUAAGGAAGGGAAAAAAGAUUAUAACAGUAACUCAAAGCCAUUUUGCUUAGUGGAAUACAGGACAAAAGCACAUUGUGUGUAGAUGGCUGGCUGGAGAGAUGGGGAAAGUGUGCAUUACUUUAUUCUAAAACUUCUAAUUAUAUGUUAAGUGUUUUCAUCAUGUAAGUAUUUAAUCCUGGCUAUAGUAUUUGCUUAUAUCAAAAUGUUUUAAGAAGGCAAAUUGUAGUAUUUAAUGGUUUGAAGUGAGAAUAAGCCCCUUUCUGAAAAAUUGCUUCUUUGCCUUUUUUUGAGACUGUCAGUAGGGAAAGCGCUGGUCAUAUUGAUAGAGGGCUGGUGGUACCAUAACCUAUGCAGACAAUUGUCUGCUAUCAAAUGGGGCUUGGAAUCUGUUCUAGGUGCCCUUAAACUGUUCAUACUUCUCAUCCCUGGCACACUUUCCUAUUGUACUGUCAUGGGUUGUGGUAAGCUGCUAUUCUCACCACCAAUAUCCUUGCAACAACCUUGUGGAGAUAAUAUGCCCUCCCAGCUGAAGCAAAUACGGUAGCAAAGAAGAAUGUGUACAGAGCUGUGUUGCAACUUUUAAACUGACAUUUUAAACAAACAUGUAUAUGUUCCUGUAAAAUGCCGGAAAUGUAAAUGAACAAGAUACUAUAUUUGCAGGGCGGCAUUGUGAGAGAUUUCAGUUUCUUGUUUGAAGGUUAUAGAAUUGAAAAUGCACUAGAAUGUGCAUUACCAGUUAAUCCAAUAAUUUGCUUAUGAAUUACCUAAAAAACAGCAUUUAAACCUACAAGGAGCAAUUGAAAAAAUAUGUUUAUUAAUUUUUGAGAACACAGCUGUAAAAAGUAAGAUGUACAAAUCAAUGAAAGAAAAAUUAAAAAAAACCUUAACUGUAACCAUUACUGUGCCUGAGUGAAGUACAGAGGUUGUUUACAUCAUCCUCUUCAUAUUCAGUUUUAAGAAAUAAAUAUGGAGCGAAAAAUAUGGAGCAGUGAGCAGUUUGAGAGAAACAAAAAUAUAACUUGGGGAUUCAGCCUUAAGCAUAUUCACCUAGGAGUAAGUUCUGUUGAAAUUAACAUGACUACUUCUGAGUAAAUAUGAAUAUAAUUAGGCUGCAAAUUGAAAAAAUUGAAGCCCUUACUAAUGGCUGUCUUCAGCAUUUUCCAAAAAUAUCUGGCUCAUUGUAGUGAUACAUCAUUUCUGCAAUCUUAACUGCAGUUAGCCAAAUUAACCUGUGCGCAAGCCACAUUCAAGUGCGAGUAUGCUGAGCUCUACUGUUUUGCAGCUUCAGGGAAACCACUGACUUUGCAUUAUAUCUAAACCAGCACUCAUAGCUUGCUUACCCCCCCCCCCCAGCAUGAUUGGGCAGUGGGCAACUAAGAAAAAAACUUGGCUUCAGAUUGUGGUCUGUUUUGAGAGAAACAACCCACAAGCACUGGUUUAGAGUAUUGCUAAGCCUGCCACUCCAUGGUUUGUUUCCCUCACAGAGGGAGGGAGGAGCGAAGCAGGAGAGCUCAGUCGGCAUGCACUUUCACGUGGCUCAUGCAUAGGCUAAUUGAUUACCUGUGGUUGUGUCUGAACAUGAUCAUUGUAAAGACAGUACAGUGGAACUUUAGGUUACAGACGCUUCAGGUUACAGACUCCGCUAACCCAGAAAUAGUACCUUGGGUUAAGAACUUUGCUUCAGGAUGAGAACAGAAAUCGUACAGCAGCGGCGUGGCGGCAGCGGGAGGCCCCAUUAGCUAAAGUGGUACCUCAGGUUAAGAACAGUUUCAGGUUAAGAACGGACCUCCCAAACAAAUUAAGUUCUUAACCCGAGGUACCACUGUAUUAUUUACUGUGAUAUGUACAUUGCUGUUAGUACAAAAUUCAUAAAAAUGCUAAACGAUACAUAUACCUACAAAAUAUCAUUUUUCCUGUUAAUGACCUUUGACCUGCAUAGCUUUUACACUCAAAUCUUUUACCAGAAAGGUUGCAAGAUAAAAUAAGUUUGCAAUCUUCUUUGUAUUGUAACUUGCAUUAUUUUUCCAAUUAUUUGUGUGUUUUCUUACUGUGUAGUCAGGUAUUUGAAAUGCCAGAUUACACUAGCAACUGUAAUACUUGGAAUUUUGUGAUUUAUCUUGCAUUGAAACAUCUAGACAAUAUUUUCUAAUAUGGAAAACCAUUGUAAAUUGACUUAUUUUUUACUUACUUUCUUCUACAACUUAGCCCCACUGCAAUCUUUCAGUUGUUACCGAUGUGAACAUGUUAUACAUCUAUCUGUAUCUGUUUUAGAGUAAGACUAAUAUGUGGUGAUGAACAAACCAGAGGGCUAAACAGUCUUUGGCAAUGUGUCAUUUUAGUACACUCAUCCUGCUGGAGAAAAUGACUGGCUAUAAUGAAUCACCUUUCGCGACCAGCCCUUCACUAGUCUGAUUUACUAGCCAAAUCAUAAGACAGAUUAGAGAUCUGGUACAUGCAGCUCAUUCUUGCUGGGUGUCCCUUGUGAGCAAGGAAAUUAUAUGCUGCUAAAAGGAAUGUAGAAUCAUAUAGAAGUUAGUGCAAAUAUGUGUUCUACGAGUUUUACUUGGAAUACUAAUGUUCUUAAUGUGAUAAUGAUGCUACACAUUAAAAGUGUAAGGAAUUGUGCUCUAAAUUUUCUUCACAUCCAUUUAAAUGUUUUUAUAUAAAAUAAACUCUUGCUGGACCAAAGCAGUAUUUUAGUAGACGGUAGUGUAUUUUGAUUUGGAUUCAGGAGGAUGAGUAAGAGUCUGGUGUGUUUCUUUGGGUUACCCAGACAACAAAGUGAUAAGAAAUUGUUAAAAUAUACAUCUCUUGGUUUUGCAUCAGGUGGUGAAGGCUGCUUUGCCAUCUUUGACAUUGAAAGUUGGAUAACUGCCUGGUGUAAGUAAGUGGAAAUUAGUAAGUAGGGUCUGAAGAAAGAGGAGAGUCAUACAGAGGCUUCUGUUUGUUUCUGGGAAGGUGUUGAUAAAUGCAGUGCUUCUUAUCUUUGGCAGUUCCCAGUGCCAAGUCACACUGAAAUACACCCAUCUUGAUAUUUUGCUUUAAAGUAGUGUCAUCCUAGGAAGUGUUUUAGAGUAACUUCCUUUGAGCAGCCAAGUCUGGAUGAGAAGUUGGUAGACAAAUCCUGUGCUCCAGCUAACAUGGCUGUUGCUUUAGUGCUGUUUAGAUCCUUUUGCAGGGGUCAGCAAGGUUUACCUCGCCUGGGCCGGUUCACUCCAGCAGAGAUCCCUCCAUGGGCCAGAUCGCAUGUGUGAGCGCACCCGCCCGUGAUUUCUGGCAUCUACGUCUGCGCAAAUGUGAUUUCCUGCAUCUGCGCAUGCACAGAUGCGAUCUCUGGCACUAUAGAAGUGAGUUCCCAUGCAGCGCCAGUUUAGCACAGCGCAUGGGGACUUGCCGUGCAGGCGGCUUGGUUUGGGGGCGGCUGGUGGGCUGGUUAAACGACCCCAAGCCAUGGGCCUUAGGUUGCCAACCCCUGCUCUUGAGUGUGCAGGCUGGGGGGACUUGCUCUCAACCUGUUAUCCUAUUGUACACAAAUUAUUUACCUAUUUUAUUUCCUGUAUAUUUAUACUGAUUUUCAGGCAAUUAUUGUUUCCUAAAGUGACUUUAAAAAGAGAGAGAGAGAGAGAAGUCUAGCCAUCAGGCUUACAAAUGACAAAUGCAAGGUACACAAGGAAAGGAGAAUAAAGGGAAAAGAUCAGUAUUAGAAACUGAGAUAUGAAAGCUAGGAAAUAAAUGGCACCUUAAACCUAAAGUCUGGGCAUGGUUUUUUAUAACAAGAAUACAAAGCUGAAAAUGAAUGAACUGCAGCUUAAAUAUAUCAUUUUUCACAUGGUCUAGUCCUUCCCCUGCUCACCCCUCUAAUAUUCUUAAGAGGGUCUCUUCUCCAGCCUUCAGAGAGUAGCUGGAAGUGGGGAGGCAGAAAAAGGUCCUCCUUUCCUUCAGCUCUGCAGUUUUAAUCUGAAAUCUUAGAAGCAGUACUGCGCCCAGAGCUCAGAAACUGCUCACACUAAUGAAAUUCCCUGUUACAAAAUGCGUCUAGAACAAUGGGAACACUGGAAAAUAUAGAGGAGAGAUAUCAGUUCUUUAAAGCCAGAACAAAAUAGUGAGACUGCUAGAGGGUACUAAAAGGAGCCAGAGGCCCAUCUAGUCCAGCAGUCUGUUCUUGCAGUGGUCAACCAGAGGCCUAUGGGAAGGCCACAAACAAUUUUAUCCAGGUUGGGCUAGGUUGAUCUUCUCUGCUGGUGUUCUUUCUUGAAUAGCAAUUAGUGUAUUUUGUUCAUUUGGCCGCUGAAUGGAGUCGGGGUGUUCUUUCCCCUUGCUUUUGCAUUCCCAGGGCAGCAGGCAGUUAUGGCUCAGGGUUCUUUCAAGCAGGGAGUGGGGAAGGCAUGCCCCUUGCAGCUGCUGCUUCUCUGGCUGAGAACGAUGGCCAGGUUAGACUUCCGAUCGCCUUGAUAUUACUCCUGGGAGGCAGGGGAGGCAGUCUCUUAGUGGUCCUGGGUCCUCUGGGCAAUGACAAAAGCCAAAGUGCGUUUUCCUUCUACUCUCCAGUCCCAGAGCAACUCAUAUCUUUGUUUUUAGUACAAGAUAGCCAACCAUGCAAGAGCCAAGAUAGGAAAUAGAUAUGCAGUGGGUUGCACAGUAAAACUUGACUGAUACUGCUUUAAUGGAUUCGAUUUGUACAUUGGCAAGAGAAAAAAAAAGUUCUGAAGCAAGUAGCAUACAUCAUUUGAUUUUUUAAGGUGAUAUAUAUGAGAGGAAAAAUCUUAUGAGGCAUUUUAUCUUGCAUAAGAGGGAAAGUCCCCUUAAUAUAGUACUUGCCGUCUAAAUGGCCACUUUUAAAGUGGUUUAUUGAUAUAUCUAAUUGAUUAAGCAUUGCAGUCCUAUAAUUCUAUUCUUUAUCUUCACUUCACAGUAAUAGAACUUACUUAUUAUUUAAAACACAAUAAUUUUCAAUAGAGCUGCAUCACAUUUGCCAUUGUCAAGGUCCAGUUUAAAUGUUUGUUUUGUAUGAUGGGUUGUUGUCUUCACCUUGCUUUUUGCAGAUCUGUGGGCUUCUAGUCAUAAGUGCUCUAAAUAGUUAGUGGCUUAGAAUUGUACACCUUAUUUUCUUUCUGGAAAGUCCCCCCAUUCACUGCCCAGUAAGACAGUAGUUGCAACCAUCUUUUAUAGUAAUUGAUACUGGCAAAUAACUUUGAGUUUUAUCCAAUGCUAGUUCUACUCAGAGUAGACCAGGGGUCAGCAAACUUUUCCAGCAGGGGGCCAGUCCACUGUCCCUCAGACCUUGUGAGGGACCGGACUAUAUUUUGAAAAAAAAUGUGAAUGAAUUCCUAUGCCCCACAAAUAACCCAGAGAUGCUUUUUAAAUAAAAGGACACAUUCCACUCAUGUAAAAACACGCUGAUUCCCGGACCGUCUGCAGGCCGGAUUUAGAAGGCGAUUGAACUGGAUCCAGCCCUCGGGCCUUAGUUUGCCUACCCAUGGAGUAGAUUCAUUGCUGUUAAUAGACAUGACAAACUUAGGUUCAUUAAAUUCAAUUGUUAUACUUUGGGUAAGACUUAGUUGAAUAUAACCCAUUGUUUUGUUAUUUUUAAUAAGAUGUAGAGAAAUGUUUCUACUUUAGUUGCUUUAUGAACCCCCUUUCUUUUUUUUGCAGGAUGGCCAACAAAUCAUGGAUGAACCUAUGGGAGAAGAAGAGAUGAAUCCACAAUCAGUAAGUAAAACCUGAGUGUUUACAUGUUGCCUGGACAGUCAUAUUCAGGGCAAAAGCAAAAUCAAGCAUUAGUUACAAAGUUCUUACAAUGACUGGCUGGAAUAGAGAGGAGGAACCAAAAAUUGCUGGGGUCUCAGCUGAGCCUAUGCUGUCACCUUGCUUCCCUUCUAUCCCUGCCCUCAAUUGCAUCCUGAAAAAAUGCCUAUGACUAUUGCCAUAUGACUGUUGAAGGAAAAGAAACGGCUGAUGGAGCUGGCUUCUUAGCAGAGCUGAUGAAGUAGUAGUGACUCCUGUAGUUAGAAUGGCUGUAUCCAUUGACUGCUGCCGGGUUACUUCAUUCUUUAUAUCAGUUUUGUGGUACUUGUAUGCCUAAAUACAUGUUUGGCUUGUGGCAAUAGAAUAAAAAAAAUGUAUUGCAUUAAAUUUAAACUUUAAGUUUGGAACAUGGUCUUCAGUUCUUCUUCUUGUGAACUUUUAUCAGAGGAAGGCAGUACUUCCCAGGCAUUUAACUGUGCAGUGUUAUACAUCCCUACUCAGAAAAAAGAGAAGUGUUGCCUUGAUAUGAGAACUGUAAUUUUGUGCUCCUGAGGGAAGUUAUUAUCAUAUGAAAUGCAUUGGACGUUUUUGUUCCACUAACACUAUUACUAUUCAUAAAGAUUGAUCUUUCAAUGGUUUUUGAGACUUUGCUGCCUCUUUUGCUUCCUUUGUUCUUGUUCUUUUUAGUGCUGCCCUUCUCCUCCCCUUUACUUACUCAGAUGUAAGCCACAGUGACUGUGUAUCGGGUUGCAGCAUAACUAGUUUGUAAGUCGUGUUUAUCUUAGGAGAACUCAACCUUUGUUCCAUAACCCAAUGAGAAAAAUGGAUUCUAGAUAAUUCCCUGACUUCAGGAGUAGAGGAAAAAGAAAUUAUGUGCAGGAUGAAUUUAUGCCAGAAUGUGUUUCUUAAAACCACAAUAUUAUCCAGUAACCUGUACUGUGUUACUGUGGGCCAAUGGAACAAGGUUACUUUUUAUGUAAGUUCAUUCCUUACAUAACAGACUUAAAGUUAAGCUGAAGUGUUCUAACUGAAAGUAGGAAUCUUCCACGUGUCCUGGUGAACUGUUCACCAACCUAGGGUACUGUUCUAAAGUUGCUCCAGUCCUUCAUGAAGAGCAAACCCCAGAAAGUGGUUAUAGGAGAUUGCUAUUUUGAUUUGUAGAGGACCACAAGACCCCCCAACCCUCCAGAGCAGAUUUUGAGGGGGGGCUGCAUUGGGAUGAAAGAAAGUUGUUGUGUAAAUGGUUAUUGUGUUCUCCCCAUGCACAGACAACAUUGGAUUCAGGCUAAAUUAUAAUAAUGUUUUGGUCAAAUGCAUGAUAGCAGGUAGGAAAUAAAUCAAAUAGACAUUUCAAAUCAGUUAGAUAUUUCAGCGCCAAGAAUUCCAGAAAGUGGUGACACUACCAAGAUGUAAUUAAAAUGAUAUAAAGGAUAGGGAGGGAGAUAUUUUGGUCAGUUUUCCUCUGCAGCCCUCCCCACCCCCACCCUACCUCCUAUGUUGUCCUAGAACAAAUAUUGGGAAUGUGGGAGGGGAAUCAAUCAAAAUUGUUUAGCUCUCCAUUCUACUGAUGGAUGACUGUGCUGGAUCAAAGAGACAAGCACAAAGAUAAAAUCAUACAUUCUUUACUGCUGAAUCAAAGACAUAAACACUUGUCUGAGUUUUCACCACAAUUAAAAACAAAUAAUAAUUUUACCUAGAAAAUAUUAGAAUUUUCCCAAACCAGUUGUUUCAUACAAGGGUGUUGUUUAUAAACCAGAUAGAUGUGUGAAAUCUAUUCUCUGACAUUCAUAAAAGAACUUAACACUUUGCAGAUUCUUGACAGAGUUUAGCAUGAUAUGCCAAGAACUUCUUUACAUAUGUAACAUUCUGGGAUGGAAAGGGGCCAGAAAAUCCAUUUAGAUCUAUUUUCAACUUGAGAUGUUAUGAUAAAGUGAAGGAGAAUAGAAAGCAGCACAUCUGUCAUUAAUGGCUACUUAAAGGCCUGUAAAAUUUCAUGGCUCUGGUUAGAAUAUUUGUGGGGAGGAGCGCUCCAUAUUUCUCUCUCUAACUUCUACCCUACUUACUCUGCUAUACGUUGCUUCAGUCCCUAUAGGCAUGUCCAUUCAACACCCCCAUUACUCAACUCUUCUGUUAAAGAGACUGAUAGUGAUCAAAGUGGUCAAAAGACAUUGUCUUUUUCCAAAAGCAAGAGUCCCAAGUUGUUGUGGGGAGGCAAUAUGCAGUGGUAGCCUAUGGUUUUGGGGAUCCUGGGCAAGAGAGUCAUUUUGGGUCCCUUAAAAUUAUGAAAGCAAUUCAGGCAUAACAUUUCUCUUAAUUCUUUUUAUUCUACCCAAAGGAGCCCUGAGCAACAAGCAACAGGUGAUAACAGUUCCUUUAAAAACUUACCCUCCCAUCCCUACUUUACUCAAACCUCUGCUGUUCUUUGUUUAAAAUAGCCUCUCUUUUUUUCCUUUCGGUGUUCCUCGCUUCUUGCUUUACACAAACUUCUUCUACUCUUCAGCUGAUUCAUGUGUGAGAGAGAUAUACAAAGCCCUCAGAUACCUUCACACAGUGUAUUUCACUCCUGGUACCAUGUAUUUUCUUCAACAUUAAGUUCCAGAUCUAACGUAAUAAUUUAGAACAUGUUUUAUUAACAAGCAAACACCCUACAGUCAUACAAUAUACAUAUAACAUUCAUCAACUGAAUUUAAUAUUCUCCAACUGAACAAGCUAACUGAUAGGCUUGCUCUUAAGAGUUUAUUCAUUUUAAAGAUUCAGUAACAUAUGUUAUCGUGGGGUGUGUGCAAAGUGGGGUGCAGAUUAGGAGAGAGGAUGAGGCAUAGAAGUGGGGGUGGUCUGUGUGCAAGGGUGAGUUGAAAAAGGUAAGAAGGGGAAGGGGGGAAAGAGAGAAUCAUGGAAAUGUAGAGUUGGAAGGGAAGGGACCCCAAGGGUCAUCUGGUCUCUAACCCCUUGCAGUGCAGGAAUAUCAACUAAGCAAAAGGGUUUGCAAAACAAUGAUGGAAAAGGAGGCGUGGGAAUGGGGUUGAAAAUGAAAGCAGGGACAUGAAAGGACCUGAGGAAUAGGAGGGGAUGGUGGCUUUCUAGCUGGAUGGAAAGGAUAUUUAGUAACAAUGCGUGGGGCAAGAUAGGUGCAAGAGGCUACCAUGGGAUGGUUUGUGUGCAAGGGGGGUGGUUGCGCAAAAAAGGGGAAGCAGGAGGUAUAGGCUUGUGGGUUCAGGUGAAAACAGGUGCGAAGGGGGCUGCAGAUUAGAAGAGAGAAGUGGCUUCAGAGAUGGAGCUGGGAAAGUGAAAAGCGAACUCAGUAGUUGCAUGGAGUAGGAAGGGGAAGCUCUAGCGGUUAUUGUGGAGGGAAUGGGAAUAGGGUUGGUUAGUGGAGUGAGCAGGGUUGCAGCCCCUAGUAUGACAAAGCCCCUAGUAUGACAAAUAUCCAUGCUUGUGAUUGGUGUAUGUGUGGGAAGAUGGUUUGGUACGGGGUAAGAACUCAAUAAAAGCCCAGUUGGAUUAGCCCAAAGAUCUUCUUUUAAGCAUUCUGUUUGCUGCAGUAGUCAGUUGAUUUCUUCUGGGAAGCCCAUAAUGAGGCAGCAAGGCUAUACCCCUUACCCCACUAUUUGUCCUCAGCAUCUGGUGUUCAGAAGUACACAACAACUGUUCCAUUUAGCUUUCGUUUUAUGUUGGUUCUAUUUGUUUGAACCUUGUUAGCCACCCUGGACUCCUUUUGGAGGAAGAGUGGGACAUAAUGACAUCUGUUAGCCACAUUGUUGUUGUUGUUGUUAAUUCUAUCCUCCAUAAAUUUGCUUAAUUAUUUUAAAUCUAUCUUAAGCAAUGACCUCAUCUUGUGGUGGUGAAACACCACAGAUUAAUAAUGUGUUGUAUUAAGAACUCCCUUCUUUUAUGUCCCUGAAUCUGCUACCAAUCAAUCUCACUGGAUGAUGCAGAAGAUAGUAUUCUAAAGAUAGUAUUCAGCUAAGUUUUACUCAGAGUAAACCCACUGAAAGUAAUGGACCUGAGUCAUCUUAAUUUCAGUGGGUUUAGUUUGAGUACAGUUUAGUUUAAUACCACCCUAACGUGAGGGAGAAAAAUUCUGUGCCUACUUUUCCUGCAUCAUGCAUAAUUCUAUAAAACCUGACUAAAGUGCACUGAACACUUUAUUUCUUCUUUAUUUCAUAGAAUCUGUAGAUUAUAAAAAAACCGUAAAGUGGCUUACAAAAAUGAUAAAACAAUAAAGAUAACACACAAAAAGUACAACCAUAGUUUAAAACAUACAGAAUGCUAAAAUGGCAAUAAAGUAGACUAAAACAAAUCUCAUGCAAACUUUCUAAAUAUCUGGGUAGGCUUAUCUAAAUAAGAAUGUCUUCACACGCCAAAAAAACACUACAGUGAAGGGGCCUGUGUUAUAUCAAUAGGCAGAGAGUUCCAAAGUUCCAAAGUGUCGGUGCUGCUGUUUUACUUGUAGGGAAGGUGCUCCAAUGCCUUUGUCUUCUUGUUUGACCUCUUCUGUACUUUUCUAGCUCUUUUUGAGAUGGGGCUACAAGAACACGACUGUAUGUGGCUUUCUAAAUUUGGCCGCACAAUAGAUUUAUUUAGGGCACAAUCUAAUACAGUACACAUGAUCCCUGAGAGUGCUGUAUACAGUAAUUUAUUAUCUCUGAAAUUAUGCAAUAAUAUUUCACUUCCUUGUUGUCACCAUGUGUAUACUCUGCAUCAUGCCAGCAAGGAGAAUAAAGCCAGCUGCUGAAAGGAUAGCAAUUACUCAGUUUCACUCUUGUGAAACACAGAAGCAGCAAAUAUAUUUUUCUUCCACACACAUAGGUGCUUUCUUCCCUUCUCCUUUAUUACAUCUCCUGUCCUCCCUUUAGUUCAAUUUACUUGAAUUAUUACUGUUCUUCUACUUCUGACUGUUGCUUCUAACACAUGGCUCUUUUUAAUUCUCCUUCCCUGCUGAGCUUGAAGUAAAAACAAGGCAUGGCUGGACAUUCUAACUAUUGGUCGUUGUGCAACUUGCAUGUUGCUUACUAUAAGGCCAUAAUGCAGUCAUACCUUGGGCUAAAUACGCUUCAGGAUAAGUAUUUUCAGGUCGCCGCUCACGCAUGCGCAAACGGCCAAAAUGACAUCAUACGCGGAAGCGGCGAAAUGCGACCCGCACACACGCAGCCGUGUCUUACAUUCUGUUUGGGAUGCGAACGGGGCUCUGGAACGGAUCCCGUUCGCAUCCCAAGGUACCACUGUAAUACAAUCCUAAAACUUCUUUUAUGUAUAGGAAGAGCUUUGCCUACUGUGUAACAAUAAAAUGUAUAGUGAGUUGUAGCCAGGUUCAAGUCUCCACUCAGCCAGAAGGUUCAAUGGAAUAAGCAAUUCACAGUGGCUCUGUCUCACCUACCUCACAGAAAGAUUGCAAUGAUAAAGUUGAUAAUUCAAUGCCUGUUACCCUGCCUGAUCUCUUUGGAAGAAUGGUUAGAUAUAAAAGUGACCAAUUGUUGAGAAUAAACUAUUUGACGUAAUGAAUUCCUUUCUUUUCACUUUGUGUAUUAAAUAAUCCUAUAAAAUCAAUACUGCUUAUGGAAGCUAGGAGCAAUGCUUUGAGAGAGUUGAGCAGAGACCCAUUAUGGUUGUGGAAGCCCUUCCUCUUCAAUGCAUGAACCACCAGUCAAUUUGCACAUAAUACACUAUCAGGAAAAGAAGAAGCUCACACUUCUGCUUUUCCUGUAAAUGUCCAUGGUGGGACUUGCAGAUACUUGCUGUGGUGACAUCCAUAAGUCCCCACCCCACCCCUUAGCAAACAACACUAGGAGUAGAAGUGAGUCACUUUUCUCCUGCUUUCUCCCCUUUUUUUAUAAAGUGUGAAUUAGCUCUUAGACAAGACAGCUGAAGCUGUGAUUUUGAAGAGUGACUAGAGCUGUUCCUGUACUGACUACAUGCUAUAUCGAGAAACAAGCAAAAUGUUGAAGAAACAGUUUAAAAGUGGCAUACGAUAAUGUCAGGGAACUGACAUCAGAGAGCAAAAGCCAGAGGGAUUCCAGAGAGUGUCCAGGGAUUGGGAGAAGCAGCCCAUCUUCUGGGAAGAGAAUCAAUGUAGCACCAGUGGAGAAGGGGGGCAGAUGGGGGAAGCGGCGAGGCGGUCCCAUGACUCCUUGCCUGGGACCAGCGGGGAGAGUAGGGGUCCUCCGUUGCCCACGCCCUCCUUGCGCAGAAGGCUUUCGUGCAGAGAAAGUAGGAGGAGACUAGGCGUCAAAGAGCUUAUUUGCUGGAAGAAGUUUAAGAAACGUCCACUGACGGAUUCUGCCACCGAUUGAGUCGGCCACGGGUGAGUGGCUGUCUGGACAGAAAAGGUUCACUUAGGCAACCCAGCCAGGUGUUUGCACCCAGCCGGGGAGAUAAGCACCGGCUUACGCACAAGCAACCCCUAGAACCAUUACAGAUAAUGACCUAAACUUAGUAUUUUUGCUAGGUAGCUGAAUAUGCCAGAUGGCUAUUUUCCGCUUUUUAUUUUCUUAAUUUGGAAAAAAGAAACUGUUCAUAACUAAGCUUCCUUCUGUUAUUUUGUAUUUCCCUACUCUGUAAAAAUCUGGCAGUUUGGUAUCUUUCAUUCCUCAGUUGGUGGUUUUCCCAAACAUGAAGAAAACCAAACUUUUGUGGAAAUUCUACAUUCCUGUUUUUCCUAGUGGUACCAACAUUGGACUUAAUGAAUAUAUAUUUUUCUUUGUUGGCUUUUAUCCAUUACAAUUGAUUUCAUCUGUGAAUAGUUAAAUACCAGCCUAGGAUGAAUAUUCCAGGCAUGAAUUCCAAACAUAAAAAUGAGAGCUUUAUUCUUGUUUUCUUUGCAGGAAGAAGGCAAUAUUAAAGAGAUUGCAAUAACAUAUCACGUCAAGGAAGGACAUGAAAAAGCAGACCCUUCACAAUUUGAACUCCUUAAAGUGCUAGGACAGGGGUCUUUUGGAAAGGUAAGACGGACCUCUGGAACUGAUACCAGCUGUCAUGGUGCUCAGAUGGCUUGCCUGAGCCAGCACUAACCAGAAUUCCCAAAAUAGAUGUUGUUUCUGUAAUACCACCUCUUGAAUCUUUUGUUCUAAUCUCCUUAAUUGUCUCCUAGUUUGCUGCCCUAGCUCGCAUUCAUAUAUGCAGGAAUACUUAUUGUCAUAUUUUUUCAGUGAACAGUAUAAAUUAAACAUAUUUUUUACUAGAUCACCUUAAUAUUUAUGCUGUGGAGGGAUAUUCAGUUUUAGUCAUUCAGGGUUUGGCUUGCUCUGUUAUUCACUGCUGUUACCCUUUCAAGGAAUUUGGUUUGAUAAAAGACUGUUCAAUCUUAUUUAUGACAUUGGCAUCCAAUUUCCUCUGCUCCUUGCACUUUGUUUCUGUAAGUUACCCUCCUUCUAGUCUAGUAGCCUUACUGUAACAAGUGAAAUACUUGGUGAGUUAGGAAUGUGAAAUUAUACUGAAAGUGCAUCUGUUUUUAUAUACAGUGGUACCUCGGGUUACAUACGCUUCAGGUUACAUACGCUUCAGGUUACAGACUCUGCUAACCCAGAAAUAGUGCUUCAGGUUAAGAACUUUGCCCCAGGAUGAGAACAGAAAUCGCGUGCCGGCAGCGCAGUGGCAGCGGGAGGCCCCAUAAAUUAAGAACGGACCUCCGGAACAAAUUAAGUACUUAACCCGAGGUACCACUGUAAUUGGGGCCAGAGUCUUAUUCACAUGCAGCUUUUUAAAAGUAUGUAGAGAGAAGUGGAAUUGUGUGAGAAGUGGAAUAAUGCCUACCUUACCAUUUGCAUUCAUUUAACAAAGGUAUGUUUGUGUAGCAUAGAUGCUCUCAAAAUCAAGGAUAAAGAUUAGAGAUAUUACAUAUUGGGACUCGAGAUAUGACAGGCGUUCACGCAUGCAAGCAUGCAUGGGUAUGUGAGAUUGACGUUUCUGUAUGUGCACAGAUACGUUCUUACCCUGGGUCUGUUCAAUGUGUGUUGGAUCAUUGUAACAGAAUUGUUUCAUGUGUUUAAUACAGGUAUUCCUUGUAAAAAAAAUCUCAGGAUCAGAUGCAAGACAGCUGUAUGCAAUGAAGGUGCUAAAAAAAGCAACACUCAAGGGUAAAUUACAUGAUUUCUUUAAAUAUAAUUGUUUUAAGAAUAAUAUAGUGAAACAUUGUUGCAAGAGACUGGCAGUGCAAUGAGAUGUGGCGGAGGAGCUGAUAGUAAAAGGAAGGUGCUAGAAAAGUCCUUUUGUCUGUCUGUCUGUUACUCUGGCAGUUGUGCGAUGAAGGACUGCAGGAACUAAGAAAUCAAACAAUUGCAUUUUCUGAUGUUGACUUGAUAGCUGAGCUUCUACAUAAUCUUGGGAGAUCUUUAACCCCGUACCCUUUAAAAAUGAGAGCAAUUCAUAUAUUCAGGGCAAUACAAUCCAACUGGAAAAUAUAUAUAUAUAUAAUUAUUUAUAUAGCCCCAUCAAGAAUGUGGUUUUGAAAAGUAGCAUAUGUGAAAAAGUUGGAACCCAUUGAGGCACUUUCAUGCAUUUGAUACUUGCUCAUAUUUAGACAACCUUGCUUUUGUUCCCUGGAAUCUGCACCUAAAUUUAGAUGACUCUGCAUCUAAAUUUACACACAGUGGUGUCUUUUUCAAUCACCUAUUUGUCAUGGGUUUUGCUUAUUAGCUCUUUUUCUUUUAUUUUUUUUACAUUAUUAAUACUUCUAAACAUUUUGCUAUGCAUGUUUGCUGGGAAAUAAGACCUGUUUAGUUCACUGAUACUUUAUGGUUGUGAACAUUCCUGAGAUCUGCAGGUAUAGGGUGGUAUACAAAUUUAAUAAUAAGUAAUAAAUUAUUAGUAAUAAUGUUAAUCUUAGGGUUGGGCUAUACCUGAAUAUAGCCUGCGUUUGGAGGCUAAAAAUACAUAUCCACCAUAACAUAGGGUGUAUGGCACUGAAUAUUUUCCUGGUGCAACAGUUUUACAGGCAUCUUCAUGUUCACAUCUUGAUGGUUUUGCCAAAAUGAGUGCUUAGAAACAAUAAUUGUAAAUAGAGCAAAUAGAAUUUGAAUGCACUUAGUUUCUUGGCUUCGGUUUUAGAAUUCGCACUCAUAAUGUAAAUUCGGUACUCUUGCUUUAUGCAACAGAUGCCUGAUUUCUUUUUGCAAGUUUUUUUAUUGCAUAGUAUGUAUUUAGUGACAGACAAUGGAAAAUUGUCAGGGUGAUGAAUUUGCUAGUUGUUGAAUAAUAUAUACUACAAAUCCUUCCAUCAAUACUUAGACACUGGAAUAAAGUUAUGGUGAUCACCCUUUUUGGAAAAUAUGCUAGAAAUUGAGAAGAAAGUCCUUGAGAGCUACAGUAAAGUACCCUACAGUACAUAUAUAUUCAACCCCUGGUACUUUGGUAUGAUUGUUGACUCAGGUAAGCCAGGGUCUAUGCAGCAGGGGGAUAUGAGCAUAGGCAAGUCCAAUGUUUUUCCUGCUCAGAUCCCAAAAAUUGUAUUUAUAAAUUUGGUUCCAGAGAGGUGAGAGUAUAACUCUGCUAACACAAUGGGGCCUUCCUGGCACCCCGAUACUACACCCUCUGUGCCCCACAAUCCACUCAUAAAGGUUGAGGGACCACCUGGAACUGGGCAUGGGCGCUCCAGCAGGAUGUGGACUUGAGAGAAUUUUGUAAUACUUUCUCGCACAACGGAAGUGCCUUUCCAUUGACACAAGCCACUUUUUGAUCCAUAACAUUGCACUCUUAAAACUUUAUUUUUCAUUACAUUUUGUACAGUGAAAAUGGCUCUUGAAAACUUUGACAUUGCGUCCACAUAUAAUGGAUAUAAAACCGAAAAACAAUAGUCCAUAUACAUAAUUAAGUGGGUAGUAUUCAUUUGCACUAAAUGUUGGUCAACAUCUCUUAUAGUUCGCGAUCGUGUUCGGACAAAAAUGGAGCGUGACAUUUUAGUAGAGGUUAAUCAUCCCUUUAUUGUCAAGUUGCAUUACGGUAAGUUUAAUAAGCAUCCUAAAUUGCUAAAGUAAAUAUUGCUAGUUACUGGUAACUAUGAUAUUUCAUACGUAUUUGCCAUUUAUAAAAUCCUGAUACCUUCAAAUAAAAUAUAAAAAGUUCUGUUGAGACCCAACCUACCAUCUUGUACUCCUGUACAAGUCAGUUUGCAUAACUGGCAUUUGUUAAAGCAGUUUAUUAUAUAGGAGAUUUCAUCCAUACUAUUUAUUGCAGAAAAUCACAAAAAGACAAAUGCUACAUUUUGAAGCUUGAUCAUUAGUAAAGAUCAGUUUCUGAACAAAUGUAAUUUUUGACAUUCCUUUAACUUCCCUAGUGUUAAAUUUUAAUAUAUUUUUAGUUAUGUAAAUAUUUUCAUGUUGUAAACCACCUUGAAUGUGGCGUAACUAUUGAAAGGCCUCAUACAAAUAUACGAUGAUGUUGUUAGUUUAAAUUAAUUUACCUCCCUAUGGAUUCAUUUUCAGCUUUUGAACAAUUUAGUGAUUUCAGUACUGUUUUGGCAGUUUAGUUAAUUAAUAUAAGAAAGAAAAAGAAAUACUCUGUUAUAGAAUAUGUCAGCUAUACUUUCUUUUAAAGCAUUGGCCAGAACAGAACAUACUUAGGUUUUAUUUACCUGAGAUUUACCCAGUCCUGUUUUUAAAGGGAUGCUUUGCAUUUUGCAUAUCUCUGAGGCAAUUAAAUUUUAAAUUUUAAGAAGCAACCCACUCUUUACUUUUUCUGUUAAAGAAAAAUAUUCAGUAUUGAGGUGGAAGGGGUAGAAGCUUUGAUGCUGGUCUCCAGUGAGUGAUCUGGAACUUUCUUGUUGCUGAAUGCAAGUUACAAGUGGCCAGAUCUAUAAUAAAUUUGGCACUGUCCAGCAGUUUAAAGUUUCAGAAGUCUGGAUAACAUGUGCUUUGGCAAUGUGAGGUCAUAGGGGUGGGCUGAGCAGAAGAAGUAAUUUGCUUCUAAAAAAAAUAACCUCAAAAGCAACUCGACAGAAUCUUUACACUUCCACAUACAAAAUGUGCACAGUGUCUGUUUUCUUCAAUACCCAUCACUUGCAUAGUGCAUACAAAACACAGAGCAGUUUUGCAUUAAAACGUCAAAUAUCUCAUAACUUCUAAAAACUUUUUUGAAUGCAUAAAAUACAUAUGAAUCUUAACGUUGCUGUGGCCAAGAUAAAAAUUGCUUUGCGUGCUAGUUUUGAUCUGUAUGCUACAAAUAUGAUACACACUGUAUAGAGUAGAAUACAGCUGAUAACUUUGUGCUCGUGGAAGAGCUUUUAAUCCAGUGGAGGGUGUCCCCUAAUGGAAGAUGGAGGGAGGUAUUUCUUGCUGAUUUCCUUGUGCCCCUGCAGCGGCCAGUGCCAGCCCCCACCAGUGUCAGCUUCAGAAAGUUGGGGACUCCUCCAGAUCAGUGUGGAUGGUGGCAUGGCAGGUGUGGGGAAUAGAGAGAACUGGAAAAAUUUGCAUCCCUUCUUCUUUCAUCAAGAGAUACCACAGCUGGAUCUAAAACUUUUCUGUGACUCUAUCCAUAAUGUAUAAUAAGCAAAGAUGCUUAUUUUAAAGUUAAGUUUGAAAAAUCAUAGAACAUAGUAAUAGCUAGGGUGCAGCAUUGCAUUUUAAUACUUUCUUGAACAAACUUUUUAAUGAUCCAGCAUGAUAAAACAAUAUCUUUGCAAUAAUAGUAACAGUCAAUAAGUACCUACAUACCCAAGAACAUAAUGCUUUUAUUAAAAUAAUGUUGAUUUCCCCCUCAGCUUUUCAAACAGAAGGGAAACUAUACCUUAUUUUAGACUUUCUCAGAGGAGGAGACUUGUUUACACGCUUAUCCAAAGAGGUAAAUGUUUCAUAUAUUGUUGUCACAAUUCUGAAUUCUAUUAAUAGAGGUUGUGUUUAUUUUAUGGAAUGUGCUCAAAUGUUCAGGGAAAUAUUUGCCAUGAUUUCUUAAUUAAUUGUACCAGUGAAUCUAAGUUACUUUACACUGCGUGGUCUAUGUUCAUAUAUCUCUUCUCUUCUGUCUCUUCUUUCUUCCCCUUUGCUUUCCACACUUAAAUCUUAAACAUUUUGGAGGGUGGGGAGUGGGGGAAUAGAGAUGUCACAAGUAUACUGCUGAAUUAUCCUUAGACAGCUGAUAUAGAAAUGCACCCAUCAGAAUUCAAAGUCUGUUGCAUUAAUAUGCACUUACUUGACAGUGCAACUGACUUUUAUAAACAGGUUUAUAUACACAAAUAUAAACACUUAUAUAAUUGUUAGUUUUCAAUUUAAGUUUAAACUGGGGGGAAAACUCUCCAGUCUUUUCUAAUCAUAGAAACUGUUUGCUCUGUAUUAACUUUAGACAAGUAUUAUGCAUUUCUCUUCUAGGUGAUGUUCACAGAAGAGGACGUCAAAUUCUACCUGGCUGAAUUAGCACUUGCUUUAGAUCAUCUGCAUAGUCUUGGAAUAAUAUACAGAGAUCUAAAACCAGAAAAGUAAGAACCUUUUAUUUUGCAUAUGGUAGAAAUACCAUAUUCUCUCUCUAGAUUUUUAAUCCUCCCAGUAUGCUCUCUGACAGCCAUUAUUUGUUGUAAAGAAAAUCAACAUAACCAUGUUUCAAACAAGCUUUAUCUUUUUUUAUAGCAUAUUACUUGAUGAAGAAGGACAUAUUAAAUUGACAGGUAGGUAAAAACAAACUUCUACUACAUAAAUAAUUCAUAGAUAGUUUUCUUUUAGUGUGAUAAACAGCACUAGAGAGGGGAAAUGAAAUUAUGCUGGUGAAACACAUGCAAAGUAUAAAGAACCUGUUUUCAAAACUUUGCAUAUUCUCAUAAGAUUACUAAAUUCAUUGUGCUUUCUUUCUCCAGAUUUUGGUUUAAGCAAGGAGUCUAUUGAUCACGAGAAAAAAGCGUAUUCCUUCUGUGGAACAGUAGAAUAUAUGGCCCCGGAAGUGGUUAAUCGGCGGGGGCAUACACAGAGUGCAGACUGGUGGUCUUUUGGAGUGUUAAUGGUAGGUUUCCGAUGAACUGAAAGUGGUGGUAGAGUCUCUUGAUCCCCGAUCCUUGGCUCAUUUACUUGGGGGUAAAUUUCAUUUUAAAUGUAAAUAAUUUAGAAGUAGCAGUUUCUAGUCCAGAAAAUAGUAGGAAAGAGAAGAUGCUUUCAGUGGUAGUAUUACUGUAUUUUUCCAUGUAUAAGACUAAUUUCCCCCCCUAAAAAAUAAUGUCAAAAAUUAGGGGGCGUCUUAUCCACGGGGCCAUCUCCCUCCCCCCAUUUUCUUAAAUCUGAGUCCCCCAAAAUAGGGGGUGUCUUAUACAUGGGGGCAUCUUAUAGAUGGAAAAUUACAGUAUUUCAUUCUGAAAAAGAUGUGCAGCUCCUUAUCCACAACCUUUUUUCAUCAAACACAAAAAAUUAAAAACCAGGACAAAUAGCUCAAGCUGCUUCUGUCACUUUUGUCUGCAAUUUACAAAGCCAUCACUGGGUUCUACAAUAUUUUGGUUACAGUAUUUCAUAGGUGAAUAAAUACCAUAAGACUAUGAUGGAUUAAUUCUGCCAGUAUCUAUAGUUGAAUGCAAUCAAGACAACAAAGAGAAGUAAUCCCUGGUCAGACAAAACUAUAAAUAAUAUAAAUCUUAAAAACCACAACAUAUUACAAAAUGAUUUUAAUUUAAGCUUACUAUCAAAUCUUUUAAAGCAAAACAGAUGUUUAAAAUGCAACACAUUAUUUACAAAAGAAUAGCUUUGAUUUUGAUUUUUUUUAGUCAUAAAGGUUGAUACAAGAAGUAGAUCCUAUAGAAGUUGAUACAAUUGCAUAGUAAGAAUAACAAAUAGAUUCACCAAAAAAGACUUCUUACUUUAUUGUAAGUUUUAAUAUUCCUGAGGAUAGAAAGUACUCAGCUAUCUUAUCACUAACUUUUCCUGAGACUCGCCAUUUAAACAGUAAUAGAUCAGAAUUGCAGCAAGUCAUCCACCUAGAGUCGCUAAAAAAGAAUCUCUCCUCCCUGGGCACCUUGUACAAAUUGCAGUCCAAAAAAGUGACCCACAGAUUCUUUCUACCUGGUUCCAUAGGGACAAAUACAUUCCUUAAGUGGAAUCUUUGCAGAUCAGCCAGUUGAAAAAAACAGAGGGCAGGUUUUAUUUUUUGUACAGUAUUUUAAGCAACUUGGUUUUGUUUUUAAGGGUGGAAUUCAACACCAUGCUGUGUUGAAUGAUCCUUCCUUUCAAACAUAUCAGUUUCUAGAUGGAACAAUUUCCCCUCUCCCCACAUGCUGUUCUGGAGGUUCUCCCAACGCCCCUUCCCAAGCCAGUUUCAGGAGGUGGGGCCACAGAGGGGGAGGGGAAAGCCCUCUUGUGCAACAGAAGCCCUUGGGCAGGUUUGUUAGGUGAAUUUUGCCCUAUACGUAUAUGUGAUAGCAAACUGAAAUGAUAUUUUGCAAUACAGUGGGCCUACCACUUACAUGAGGGUUCGGUUCUGGUGGUCUACAUGGAAAGGCAAAUUCAAAACUGCACAAAGUCAUGAACCAACAGAACCAGCCCCUGUGAGGGGUUGCUUACCAGGCUCUGGGAAGCUCAUGGGAGAGCCAAAGGAAUGCUCCUGGAGCCCUCCCACCACCUUCCGAGAGCCCAAAAAGUGAGGUGGAGGGCUUAAAAAACACUUUCCACAGCAGGAAAGCCUGCUGGGAACGCGGGCGGGUGGGUAGCGGAAAUAAAUGAAGAUUGGGGAACGGCAGGUUUUCCCCGCUCUCCAUUUCCAAUUUAUUGCCGUGUAAGGUUGUGAUUGCAUAAAUAAAGUGGUUGUAAGUUGCGGACCCACUGUACACUGUUGUCCCUGACUUUUACAUUGUUUCUUAGUUGGAUGCAAUUCAAUAAUACUUCCUUAAUUACAUUACAGAUAAAUUUGUGUGACAGAAAUGUUCUGUACUCUUAUUUGAAAGUUAACUUUGAUGCAGUUUUAGAGACCACCAUUUUAAACUCUGGGUUAAGGAACACCAUGGUUAAUAUUAGUUCUAACAUGCUACUUAACCCUAGUUAAGUGGCAUGGGAGGCAAGGCUACUAAAAGGAAGCAUAAGUUCCUGAGUGUUGCUCUCAAUUAGAUUAAAUAGAUCGGUUCUGAGAAACUUAGAACCCAAAAUAAGUUAAGAUACACCUAAUGAUUAGAAGAAAUAUAGAGUAGUAAGCAGCCUUUUUAUUGACCCUUACAGAAUAAAAGACUUGUUAUAACCUACUGAUGUACACUUAAAUCUGUGGGUGUUAACACAAGCACAUUUUUUAUAUUGGAGAAUUGUAGAGUUGGAAGGGACCAUGAGGGUCAUUUAGCCCAACUUCCUGUAGUGCAGUAAUAUUUUGCUCAGCGUGGGGCUCAAACGCACAACCCGGAGAUUAAGAGUGGAUAUUUUUUCAUAAAUCACAUACAAAGUUUGCGUUUGCUCAGAUUUAAGACAACAGCAAUAUUUUCUUACAAGUAGACAAAAUGAAAAGUGUACCUUAUUCAAAAUAGCAGCCUUUUUAUUUUUAGCUUCAAAUGCACAUUAGAUGUAGAAAUGUGCAACUAGCUAUUAGCAUCUGAAUUAGGUUAACAUGCACUGACUGCAUCAAAGGUAGAUGUGUUAAACUCCUGAAAAUGUAAAAAGUUAUGCUGCAGAACAUUAUUAUGCAGAGUUAUUGGUUGGUAUGCACAAUUUGUUUUACAAACAAGGUUCUACUAGUUUUGUCAAAGAGAGGGAAGUGGUUGUUGCUGUUAUUAUUUAUUUCCCACCUUUCACCCUAAUGUCCCAUGGUGGGUUACAACAAUCAAAUGUGAUGUUGAAAAGAAAUUACCUGGUCUUUUAAUAUGAUUGAUGGAAGUUUUACUUUAUACAGUUUGAAAUGCUCACUGGUACUCUACCUUUCCAAGGGAAAGACAGAAAAGAAACCAUGACACUGAUUCUCAAGUGAGUACACUCUUAUUAUACGUAUAUAUCACCAGGUAUUCUACUGGGGAUGCCCUCCAUGCUGCAAUCUCUAAUUUCUACUAUUCCCUCAUUUUACAUCCUGACUCCAUAAUGCAUCCUGCUAAUGUCCUUUUCCACUCUACUGUCCUUCCUAUCAAAAGCUGUACGGACACUUAGUCCAGUACUUCUCUAAUACAUAAUAAUGUAUUUGCAGUCCCAUUAUCUCCUUUAAAAGUUACCAAAUUAUAUUCUCCUUGAUCUGUUAUUAUUUUCACCAUCCUCAAAAUUCUAGUGGGAAAAUGUCUUAACGUUCCCUUUUUGUUACUACUGUUAUAAACCAUUGGUCCUUCCGGUGCCUCUCCUGUUUCUGAAACCUAUCCUUAUCCUUGCAUACUUAUUUAAUUCUAACACUCCUAACAAGUGGGUGAAAUUAAGGUUUGCGUUGUAGAUUAUUAUCCAGCUACAGUAUACCUCUGGUAUACUUAAUGCAUUUUUUAUUUUUCAAUCUGGAUACAAAAUUUGAUACUGUGGAAUAUACCUAUAGCCUAGGUUGGCUGUAGUCAUAUAUCAAUAUAUCAGACUUGGUCAUAUAAUAGAUCUAUAUCUGACUACUGUUGUUAUACUUCUGAAGCAACUUGAAUGUCUUUUGGUCUUUCCUAUGUAUAUACACUCUCAUACUUUCUUGGUCACUAUGUCUUAGCUACCACUCCUGUGGUAAUGGCAGAGGAUAGUAUUCAGCUUUGUUUUACUCAGAGUAGACUCAAUGAAAUUAGUGGGCCUAAAUUGGACAUGUUUGUUAAUUUCUAUGGGUCUACACUGAGUAAAAUGUGGUUGAAUACCACCCAGUCCUUUUGCAUGGUGCUAGACUUAAUUCUCCAUAAGGCGUCUGUUUUUUUAUAAUUUAUAAACUUGUGGUUGUAUUUUAUAUUUAGCCUGUCUGUUCCCCCUCUAGUGAUAUUAUCAUUUUAUUCCACAGUUUAUAACUUUGGUUUCUUUAGCCAUGAUCAGCCUGAAUCAAAGACAGAUUUUCUGUGUCUAUUUUGUCCUAAAUUAUCAAGGCAUGUUUUUGUAUAUACCUGUCAAAAAAGAAACAAGAUGGCUCUCAUUCAUGCAGCUAUAUAAUCUAGAGAGUUUCUGGUUGGAGCAGGGUUGUGUUUUGCUCAACAGUAACCAGUUAUGAAUCAAAUAUUUUCAGAAGAAUUUGCUGUAACGCAAAGUGGUUAAUCAUAACAUUCCAGGGACAUUGUGUGUUUCUAGUUAGUUGAGCUAAAAUUAAUCAGUGUCUCUUUGCUAGAUGCAAACCAAUGGAAUUCCUGCAGAAACUGUUCCAGGAAAUGAUUCUCAUUUAGUUACAGAAGAACCAGUUAGCCUUUCCCAGUUGGUUUGCAGUGAUCCAGGCAGUUUACCUCACUGGUUUCAGGGAACAGGAUCAACGGAUUAAACAAGAAUGUAUUCCAUCAUAGUACCUUUUACAUUGAGUGUGGCCUAUUAAAGCAUUGCUGUAGUUCAUACUGUUCACUCAUAGUGUUCUUUUUCUGUUUAUGAAUUCCAGUUACUGAAAUGAAGAGUGGAAAGUACAUGUGAAAGUUAGCAGAAGCAUGAGUACUGAGGACUGAUCUUAGGCGUUCUGUUCUCUUACUAAUUCCUCCUUUGGCUUUACUGGCAUUGCUAUCAUGCUAAAAAGAGAGAGAGAGAUUUUUAGGCUGCUGGAUAUACACAACCCUACCAAUGCAUGUGAAAAAUUCAAUUAAGAGAGACCAUAGAUGGCAAUGAAAUACAAUAUUUGUGUUUCCUUUCCAUAAUUUCCCAUUAUGUUUAGUUUCCAAAGUUCCAGGAUUGCACAGUUGGAAUAGGAAUUUUUGUGUGGAAGCAACAUUUGGGCCUUUUUGUGUGUUUUCACCUACUUUAUUUUCAGGCAGGAAUGACAGCCAGUGGUUUCCAUCCAGUUGUGCAACAGACUUCCCCUUGUUUCCUUCCCCCUGUUGCCCACUCCCACCUUUCGCCUGGUGUACUUUUGAGGAUCCUCCAACCCUCUGGAGCAGAAUUUGGAGGCACAGGGAAGGCUUCAGGGAGAGGGAAGGAAAGGGGGAUGUUCCAUUGCAGAAGGGGAAGCCUGCUUGUGCAGCAUUUGCUGUUCACCAAGCGUUGUGUUUAAAACAAAUGAACGUGGCAUUUCCACUAUAAACUUUGUAUACGGUUAAUGUGUUUUUAUUGUACAGAGCCAAACUUGGAAUGCCUCAGUUUUUAAGUCCAGAAGCUCAGAGUCUUCUCCGAAUGCUUUUCAAGAGAAACCCUGCAAACAGAUUAGGUAAAGAAUUUAAUUAAGUUAUCUACUAAGGACUUCAACAUUAAGCUAAACAAAUCCCUAAUAUAUCUGCUGUUAUGUUCAUUGCUGACCUUGGAUAGGUGCAGGUCCUGAUGGAGUUGAGGAAAUUAAGAGGCACCCAUUUUUCUCCACAAUAGACUGGAAUGUAAGUACACACAAUGGAGUAAAACACACUUACAACAUUUCAUGUUAAUUGUGUUACAGCUUUCUAACGUGUUAAAUGUGUUUGUCUUAGAAAUUGUACAGAAGAGAAAUUAAUCCACCAUUUAAACCAGCAACUGGUAGACCUGAAGACACAUUUUAUUUUGAUCCCGAAUUUACAGCAAAAACUCCAAAAGGUAAGAUAUAUAUACCGUUUUCUCAGGUGGUUUGGGAAAGUUACAGUUUUAAUCUUAAUCACGUGCAUCAUUUUUAACUUUUAUGAGGGUAUACAGAUGAAAUAAAUCAGUCACACAGUUGCUAUACAUGGGAAACAGGCAAACAACCUCAAUUUUGUGUUACUUCCUUGGUUUUGUGUUAUCUGACACAUAGGUGUCCUUUUAAUCUGACUUGAGUAUGCAGCAGGUCUUUCUUGCCAAGAUCUUGUGUCCUUCAUGUUCUACCAAAAUUGGUGUUGCAUUUGGUUGGGAUAGGGAGGAUGGCCUUUUGAGUUACCAUUCCUGGUCUCCUGGGACUCAGUUUUUAGAUAGAGAGGCCUAGCCCUUGUUGUUACCUUCCAGCACAAUAUGAUGACUGGCUUGUUCCAUCAUGUAUUUGACCUGACAACUGACUAAAAUGGUACGCCGCUUUUUAAAUAUUCUGAUCUUUGUUGCCUGUCAUAUUGUUGUUUUGCUCUGAUCAUAAUUUGAAAUGCAGCUUUUUGUGCAGACUGUCUUAGGCAUUUUCAUGAAAUAUUUCUAAAAGAGGAAUAUCUUAAAUAAAAUUAAAUAUAUUUUUUUCCAGAUUCACCUGGUAUUCCACCUAGUGCUAAUGCUCACCAACUUUUUCGGGGCUUCAGUUUUGUAGCUAUUGCAACCGAUGAUGAAAGUCAAGCAAUGCAGACAUCUGUUGGGCACUCAAUUGUUCAGGUGAAUGUUCAUUAUGAAGUUAACUAUUCGUAUUGGCUGGAAUUUAGGGGCCUGCAAGGAGAUCAGAUAUUGCUUGCACAUUAUGUAUGCACAAGCUGUGCCCAAAGGAUAGAUAAUCAAGUUUCACAUAUAUCUUAUUGAAGGAUUUCCACAUGCGGAAAAUGAUAUUUGGAAGUGGAUGCAUUUUCUUCCUCAAGCUGAUUAUAUUACUGGUUUGCAUGAGGAAAAAAGCCCUUGCUGUGCAGAAGCCCAUGGAAGUGUUUCUGUGACGUUAAUCUCUUUUUGUUUUUGUUAUCUGUAGCUCAAGCUACUUAAUGUGUUGAAGUUAUUUCCACAUACAAAGUAAACAAGUAGACUGCUUUUUCUCUCUCAUAUUCUGUCCUUGUUUUUGGCUCUAUCAGUUUAAUUUGAAUAGCUUUCGCUACUUAUGUGCUCAUAACAGACCAGUUCUACUUUGCAUGUGUUAUUAAACAUUUUAUUUGCCUUUUUGUUAUGUCCAAUUUGAGAUAGUUUUAUUCAGAAAAUAAAAAUUAUCAGUUAAUAAUGCUUUGGGGCACAUAACCUUAAACAAGCCUUUGGCAAGCUGGUGUCCUCUAGAUACUGUAGUUCAAAACAAAUGGAGGGGACCAGGUUUGUGAAGGUUGCCUAAAACCAUGAAUUAGUGUUGUGUGCGGAGGCUACAAUGGAAAACUGUUUAAUGGCUUCCAUAGAAGCCAGACUAUGUAGCAAUGGUUUAAAGUUAACUUCUAUAUUCCAGCUUGUUUGGAAGCGAUUAAGCAUAGUUCCUAGUUUUGAUUGCAGCUUCCUUGCUUGUUGCCCCACACAUGUAAAGGGAGGAGCAAAUGAACUAUAUGCUGAACCAAGGGGUAAUGUGAAAACCAGCCGUUUGUGUCUUUCCACACUAUUCAGUGUAUUUGAACAUAUUAUUCAGGCUGGAGAAGAUGUGAAAAUCAGAGUGGAAAAUGCUUCCUUUUAAAAGUUCAAUAUUAUUAGUUGUACAAACAAUUCAUUACUGAUAAACAUUUGUUCUAAGAUAUAAAGAUCUAAAUUGGAUAUUUGUAAAGAAUGCAUUAAUUGAUAAUGUUAUUUUGGUAGCAGUUACACAGGAACAGCAUUCAGUUUACUGAUGGAUAUGAAGUCAAACAAGAUAUAGGAGUUGGCUCCUAUUCGGUGUGCAAGAGAUGUAUACAUAAAGCAACAAAUAUGGAAUAUGCAGUAAAGGUAAUUAAUUGUUUCAAGCAUCCAUAAUGUUAGCACAUUCUCAGUGCACUGAGGUAAUUGGGUAACGGAGGCUGAGAAGCAUUUUGAGGGCUAUGGGUUAAGAUGAGGGGAAACAGUUAUAGGCUUGUAGUGAGGUGGCUUUGACAGCUAAAGGAGAUUGAGGAACUGGAAAAGCAGAAAUCUGCAAACACCCAAUUAAUGAAAGUGUUAUGAGCUUAGAAGGAAAACUGGUUUGAAGAAGGGUGGCUCUUCACACAAAAAUGCUGUUUCAAAUCCUCUGAGAGACUUAAAACAGUGGUUGUAGGUAUGAAACAAUAUUGACAUUGGGGAAAACUGAGUUAAUAAUAUAGUUAUUGGUUCAAAUAUGUUUGCUCUUUUAGAUAAUAGACAAGAGUAAAAGAGAUCCCACAGAGGAAAUAGAAAUCCUACUACGAUACGGACAGCAUCCAAAUAUUAUUACUCUCAAAGAUGUAAGUAGAUGAUUAGCAGCUUUUUUGCAGUUCAGGCAUAAAUAUGAUGCUUUUGACAUGUACAGUAUUUAAUCUUUCAUUAGGAGUCUGCAAAUGCACUUGCUAGGUUAGUGGAACAAAGAUUGUUAUGCCUUUCGAUUUCAGUGGGUAUACGCGGAGUAUGACUAAUGUUGGAUACAACUCUCUGCACAAUUGAGCGCUUAAAUAAUGUGUUACACUUUUCAGGUGUACGAUGAUGGGAAAUGUGUGUACCUGGUAACAGAACUUAUGAAAGGAGGAGAGCUGUUGGACAAAAUCCUUAGGCAAAAAUUUUUUUCAGAAAGAGAAGCCAGUGCUGUUCUACUGACAAUAACAAAAACUGUUGAAUAUCUUCAUGCACAAGGAGUAAGUCUGCGUUCUUGAGGGAUAUAUUUGAAAUGCACUACCUAGUUAAUACUGUAGAUAAGUUAUUCUGUUAUUACAGCUCUUAAAGCUUUCAUUUUAUUUUAAAUUCUCCCAUCUGGUCUGUAAGCAUUAACUAAUUAGAUGCUAGUUUGCAAUAGUUUGUUAGUUUGUGUAAAGAUAGAAGAAUAGGAACCCAAGAGCCAGUUCACAACUUUUCAGUAGAUAUGGUGAAUAAAGGCAAGCACACAAGUACCUUAUGGAUAAUUAACUUGUAAGAAUGAAUGCUCAUGAAUACACACACACACACACACACACACACAUAUAUAUAUAUAUAUAUAUAUAUAUAUGACCCAAAAUGAUAAACCAUGCUCAAUUAAUUUAUUUUGCAAUAAAGGGAUGUUGUUAUUGGCUACAUUAUAUUCUUUUUAAAUGUGGAAGGACAUACAAAAUAAGAAUUCCUUGCUUUUAAUAGAAACAACAGCCAUGUUUGUUUGGUUGGUUUAGGUUGUACACAGAGACUUGAAACCUAGCAACAUCCUUUAUGUUGAUGAAUCUGGCAAUCCGGAAUCUAUUCGAAUUUGUGACUUUGGCUUUGCAAAGCAGCUGAGAGCAGAAAAUGGCCUUCUAAUGACUCCUUGUUACACAGCAAAUUUUGUUGCUCCUGAGGUAACUAUCAGUAUAGUUCUUUGGUGUAGAGGUGAGAGUGUGCAGCCUUAUGACCUGCUUCUGAUUCCUUAACUUGGGUAAAGUUACAUGUGUCCUGGGCUUCCGUUUUGGCCCUAUAUAUUGGCCUGGGCAUGUGCUGGGCAAGCCACAGUGCUUUUCAGAGUUAGAGGUAGAACACAAGGCAUUCCUACCCCCUCUUUUUAAGAGUUUUGAGACUGUUGAUAUAUCAAGUGGUGUACAAAUGAUUUAAUGCUUUGUUUACCUCAUAGUUAUUAAGCAGAAACAAUAUAGUUCCUCCCCCUUUCAGUAUACUUCUAUACUGAUGUAGUCUUUUGAGGGUUCUUAUUUUACUUGAACAGAAUUUUCCUGUUUCAUAUUUCUUUUUGCAGUCCUAUGGUGGCCGUACAGUGCAAUUGUCUUCACCCUGUGUGCUUGCUUCAGUGGAGUGACUUUUUAAAGAACUCACACAUUUUUUCUUAAAUGUAUAGAAGAUGCUCACUCCUUCAAUACUUGCACAUUUUAGGUAACAAUAAAUCUGCUCCAGAGGGUCCCCCACCCUCUGGAGCAGAUGUUGGAUGUGUGCAGGGGACUGUGGGGAAAGAAGAAGGGUAGAAGGAAAACGGUUGAUGAGUGGAUGCCUGCUUGUGCUGCGUUGGAUUCCACCCAUUUUUCAUAACCAGAGGAAUUGGCUUUUUCUGCAGAAACUAAUGAAAACAUUGCUUUCCAUAGGUUUUAAAAAGGCAAGGCUAUGAUGCCGCGUGUGACAUAUGGAGCCUUGGUGUUCUGCUUUAUACAAUGCUGACUGGGUAAGUUUGAAAGUUCUAAGUUGGAAAUUGUUACAUUAAUUUUUAAAAGGGGAUUAGAGGUUCUUGUAGCUUUUCAUCUCAGAAUUUCAAAACUAAGUUGAUAUUCUCUUGUGGCAAGUGUGUGUCCACAAGGUAUUGCCUGUGUAUAUACUCUGUCUUACCAUGUUACCUUCAGAUCUGCUCAUGUCCCCUUGCCCCGUUGUUCUGCUGUGCUUUAUUGUUCCUUUUCCCCAGUCAUUCAUUCAUGAGGCAGAUAGUGGUGAUGAGAGAUGAAGCUGCAGGGCUGAUAGCAAUACUGAAUAGGUUUCAGUAUUUUCUAUAUAAAAUUAGUAAUUUUUUUAUUUCUGCCCUGCCCAUCUGACUGGGUUGCCCCAGUCACUUUCUGUGGCUUCUAGUAUAUACAAAAACAUAAUAAAAAAUUAAACGUUACAGGGCUGCCUUCAGAUGUAUUCUAAAGGUUGUAUAGUUACUUAUCUCCUUGACAUAUGCUGGGAGGGCGUUCCACAGGGUGGGUGCCACUACCGAAAAGUCCCUCUGCCUGGUCUGCUGACUUUCUUAAGUCUGCUGAAUUCAGUAAGAUGACAAGCUACUUCCUAACAUGAAUUUUCCCCAUAAUAUGAAUAUGCACUACUAUUUUAGUGUCAUUGCAACUUGUAGUAGUUGGAAGUUAACAAGGAACUCAAAAUCUUUGUGAUUGUUAUUAUUAUUUUAAGCUACACUCCAUUUGCAAAUGGUCCUGAUGAUACUCCAGAAGAAAUUUUGGCACGAAUAGGCAGUGGAAAGUUCUCUCUCAGUGGUGGAUACUGGAAUUCUGUUUCAGAUACAGCAAAGGUAGCAUAUAUGUUCCAUCCAUUGUAUGUUAGAUGUGUUUUUGAAUAACAUUUCAUGGCGACAUCUGAAAUAGUCAACAAUUUAUUGUUUAACCAGCUAGGUGAUUAUAAGACUACAUCACUGUAUAUAAUCAAAGUUGAGCAUUUAAAUAAAAUUAAGUCCAUGGUAAAAGAAAUGAGGCAAAUGGGCAUCCCUUGCAUUAGAUCCAGAGAGAGAUCAGCAGAACUCUGCUCCUGCAACAGCACUUUCUUGACUCCUGCAACCCCUUAAAAGCCACUGCUGAGAGUCUAGCAUUCCUCUAGAAUGAUAUGUAAUGGUACAUGAAACUGAGGUCAAAAGACACAAUUUGUUUCCUCCCUUUACGUCACUUAUUUGGAAGUAAAUACACACACUUGGAAGUACACAGCUGCAAGAAUUGGGGAAUCGCUCUUCCAAGAUUAGGGAAAUGUGGGCUUUUCCCAGGAAUUGUCUUCAGCUGAAUAGAACUUAAUGAGGAUGGAGGUACUUGCAGUCAGGGUAAAGAUAUGAGGCAGUAGACAGAUGCACUGAUGCCUUAUCUGUAGAUGCAGAAAGUGGGGGAGAGGAGGAGCUAAGCAAAAAGGGACAAAGCUUGCCUAAAAACAGAAGAUGCUCUCAGCCCCGCCACCCACUCAGUUACAGACCAUACUUAGAAUAUUUGGGGGGCAUGUCACUAAUCUUACAAUCUUAUAAAUUAUAAAUUAUAAAUGAAUAUGCAUUUCCUUCCAGUGAUAGAAGUUGCAGGCUAUGUCUUUAAAAUGUGGUGGACAACUUAAACAAACAAACCACCAUUGGAACUCUAGUAUGUUGCUGAAUGGUGAUUUAUUUAAAUUAAUAUCCUCCAGAUGUUUUUAAGAAGUCUCUCUGGAUUGCUGCUCCUCUUUCUUGAUAACAGACCUUUAUCAUUAUAACAUUUGAAAAUAUAUUUGGAAAUAUGAGAAAUAAAUAAUCUGAAACAUUUUUAUCUGAGUGUAUGUAGUUUUGUGAGAUUCAAAAUCUUAGAUUUGUUGCAUAUUUUAAGUCUUAAAAUGCAUGCCUAAUUAGUUCUGUUAUAUUAUUAAUAGGACUUGGUUUCAAAAAUGCUUCAUGUUGACCCUCAUCAGAGGUUGACUGCUGCCCAGGUCUUGAGACAUCCAUGGAUUGUCCACUGUGACCAGUUGCCUCAGUUCCAGCUAAACAGGCAAGAUGCUCCACAUCUUGUGAAGGUAAAAAUACGCAUUUGUAUAACUGUGUUUUUUCAUCCCCCCCCCUUAAAAUUUGCUGCCUGCAUCUCCUUCCAUUUUCCCAAGUACCCUGUCACUGGCUGCACUUCCAUUCCAUAGAGUGUCCCACCCCUCGCCCCAUUAAACUGCAGUUUCUACUUCCAUUUUGUUGUUUGUGCCUGCUAGAUUUUCUAAAGCUACAUACCUCUCGCAGCAGUGAUUUGCUGAAAUUCUGUAGUACUUCCAUCACUGGGGAAACAAACUGUUAUACUGUUAAACAGGGAGUCCCUUCUCUAUAGCUUAAAUCACAAUUCAGGUAUAGAUGUCUGUGGAUUCAGUAACAAUGUAAAAAUGUACCUAGUUUGUAUUAUUCUAUUUGUCACCAGCUCUGAGCCUGCAGGAUCAAAAUGUGAAAAUGCACAAUAGAAUACGGAACAUGGAGUGAUUAGAGAUUCCUUCUCCCUUGGCUUAUAAUCUAAAAGACACAAAGGAAAAGGAAUUGGUAGCGGGGGAAAGAAAACUCAAGUCACUAUAUCCCCAGAAACUGUGGGCAAUGUGAACCAAAAUGACACAAAAUAAAUCUAGAGCUGUGCGCACAAAGCUUCAGUGUUUAAAAAAGUUGGAUUUGUGAAGAGUGGGUCAACUUGCACAUUAUAAUGCUUGUUUAAACUAAAAAUAGCCCCUAAUCACUUUUAUUGAUUUUGAAUCCCAUUACUGUACAAUUAUUUUUUCAACCUUUUUAUUUUUAGGGUGCCAUGGCUGCUACAUACUCAGCGUUGAACCGCAAUCAGUCGCCAGUUUUAGAGCCAGUGGGCCGUUCUACCCUUGCUCAACGAAGAGGAGUCAAAAAAAUUACCUCAACUGCCCUGUGAAGUGACCUUAGUUGAAAAAUGUGGUACCAUAAUACGAUGAUAGCACAAAUCAUGGCAACAGGUAGCACAUAUCCAAGAUACCUGCAAGCACACUGUUCCAGCUGGUACCUAUUAUGCUGCUGCUCCUGCUUUCAUCUGUUCUUGCUUUAAACUAUCAGUGGCAAAAUAUUGCCCUUCAGAUGGAAUAUAAAGUGGAAUCAAUGGGAAAUGAACUAUUCAUGCAGAUAGUAGAAUUCCAUACACCCGUCACAUUAAAUACACUGAAUGAAGCACUCUCUCCCCAUAUAGCAUUAUUUUUAUAGGGAAUAUUUUUACUCCCUUUAAAAUAUUCCUCGUUACAUGUAUGGAUGGACAGUUUAUGUUAAGCACUUAGCUUAAACAGUAUGUUUAUAUUAGCACUGUAUUAUUUGUGCCAUCCAGCAUUUUAUAUGUUUUUGUAAACUUUUCAUAAGCAGUACAUUUCUGUACUGUUUCCUUUUACAUGCCUUCUCUUUAGACUAAUUAAAUUUGACAAUUACAUUUGAUUAAAUGGUUAAUCAAUAUGGUUAACAUCUCUAAAGCAGCUUGACUGUUAAACAGCUAUUGAAUGUAAUUCUGUGAAUGUGUUUUGUGUAUGUCUCUCCACAGACAUACGGUUAGAAGUCAUGGGAAUCCAGAGCUGUUGACCGAUUUAAUGGCACAUUAGGUUUCUCACCAUCAGACAUGUGGAAUUGAAUCAGUACUGACAUGAAAAAGCAACUGUGUAUCUCCAGUGUGCAUGUCCUUUUUGUGGACAUUGGACGCCAUGGCAAAAUAGUUUAACCAGUUUUGUUGUGUUUAGUUGUAAUUGGUCAUCUAAAACCCAAAACUUUGCUGCUUCAGGAGAAGGGAUAACUCUUCCACAGAGCUAAACUGAAAUAGGGUAGGAAAUGGAACAUUUAAAGCUAAAGCAGUGCAUUAUCUAUUAAUGAGCAUGCCAGCAAAAGAAAAAAAGUCAGGAAAUUGCAAUUAGGAGACAGGCUGAACUUGGGCUAUUUUCAGCUUGCAAUCCAAAGCAGAAUGGCAUUUGUGUUGAAUGGGGAUGUGCCCAGUGUCUUCAGCCUUUCCUAGUGGCUCUGCUAUUAGCAUUGGACUUUUGGUCAUUGCUAGUCAAUCAGCUGGCCAGCUAAGGCUACAAUCCUAACCACACAUAACUAAUGACUAAGCCUGAAGACCACAGUGGGGCCUGGACUUUGUUUUUAUUAUUUUAAUGAGAAAGUGGGGAAAGGUCUGUGUUCCCAGUUUGUUUGAAUUGUCUUGGAGUACUUGUUUUCUGGGAAAUAUUGAAGUUGUAUUUACUAAAAAGUUCGAUAUGUUGAAGUACAGCAUAAUUUUGACGGAUCAUCCCAGAGUUCUGCCAAAGAAUUUUUUUUUAUUUAAUAGCAAUGUUUCUGAGUUUUGAAAACAAUUUAGUCCUAAUUCAGUGUGUUAAACAAAAUAGCAGCAAGAUAGGCAAUGAGUAGUAGUUUUCUUGGGUCUUACAAAUGCUUACCUUUUCUAAGGUCACUCAGCCCCAUAUAGUAUUCUUAGUCUUCCUCUUGUAGUAACUUCUAGUGCUUUGCAUCAUGCCUUGCCUUACAAACUCAUGCAGUUCCUUUGGUUUUGUUGUUUCAGGUUAUUUUAUUUUUUAUUUAUAAAUAGUAUUUCGAAAGCAUGCUUUUUCUUUCCUUCCACAUUAGACUAGUCUGCAAAUCAAGCCUGUGCUUAGAAGCUGCUAAUCUAGCCACCCAGAGGCCUUUAAUUUACUAUCUCUCUAUUUGUUGUAUUUUGAAAUCCAGUUUUCUUCUGUUAUGUUUGGAAAUCUUUUUAAUAAUUAGACAAGUUGCCAGCAAUCUUCCUUGCAGCAACAAAUCCAAAAUUUCUCAUCCCCUCUGUCCUCAAUCUCAUAGUUAAAGACGCAAUUGUUACUCAAUGACAUUUCAUGUAGAUGUGGUAGAACUAAAAUAUCUGGGCAGUGAACACCCCUUAUUCUUCAUUCAUGUGAUUUGGAGUGUUCUGUGCAAAGAAUGAGCCAGCUACCUUUUCUAGUUGGGUUUCCUGAAUAUUGUCUCUGAAGUAUUGAUCUAAUAUUGUGGAUUCAGAGUAUCAGGAUAGGAAUUGGCAGAAAUCUCCCUGUCCUCCUGUGUAAGCCUCUGCUGUUUCUCAGACCCCUUCUUAAGUGGAAAGGCAAUACUGGACCCAAACAUCUUAUGCUUCUUUUACUCUAUUUUUAAUCAGAUAUUUUCAAUAGGCUGCUAUUUUAGCUCUGUGGUCCUUCAUGUAUUUCAUUCUUAGCUAGAGUAGUCCUCAACUACUAGCUGAUCAGCACAAUAAUACCUCUGAAGCACUUACAACGCAAUUCAUAACUGUUUAAUCAGACAUUCCAUUUGUGUCUCUGGACUUGUGAAGAGACAAGCUAAAAAAACUCAGCAUUUUUUUUAAUACUCCCUGUUUCCCACAAAUAACUUAAAUCAACCCAAAGGAAGGAAGCAUAUCAUUUCCAUAGUCAAGCUUAUUCAAUCUUGUCAUAGAUGGGCGAGCUUAAGUUGUAACAUAGUUAUCAUAUCUUAAAUUUGAUAAGGAUGCUAAAAUGCUUGCAGCUAUUGGCUAAAAUCCAGUAUUUUGGCAAAUCAUUUAAAAAUAAUUCAAUAGCAACGUAAGUGAUAUCAAUAAUGGCAUAGGGCCUUGUUCUCCUUGGCAUCAACGAACAGUUGCCUUGGGAAACUGAACUGAUUUCUUGCAAUAACUUGGGCUUUCUACCUGUGAUCUCAAAUUAGUUAACACAUUUCACGAACCUGUAGGAAACGGUUCUAGUCUCGUGCAGAGGGAAGACCUCUUUCAGGGAUUGCUUUGCCAUUGAGGGUUUUUUUAUCAGAUGCUUUAAAGAUGCAUGUCUUUUUGCAUUUGCGUUAGAUCUAUUCAUAAGUCAUCAUUCUGCUUUGGUAGCUUCGCUCUUGAGAAAGAGGCACGUCUUAAUUUAAAUCAUUCCCUUAAUGUUAUGUUUACAAAAUAACUUUGCACAGUUGGAUUCAAGUAUAUCCAGUCUUGCAUCGUUUGCUUGGGCUUUGCGACAUCCAGCUUCUCACCCGGGGCCACUCAGGCUGCAACCCCACUUACUAGAAAGUAAGACCUGAUCAACACAAUAGGAUUUAUUUCUGAGUAAAUAUGCAACAGAAUUGCACUGUAAAUCUGAAAAUGUUACUCUUGAGUGAAAACUCACCUGACCCUAGAAAAAUGUGAACUACUUUAGGCUAGUGUUCGUUACUAUGUCUCCCUAGAGUGAAAUUCAGUUGCUCUUCCUAGCAUUGCUGCUCCAGCAGAACUUUUCCGCUAAUGAAGGAAGAACAGUGGGGAUUAUUUGUUGAUUUCCCGCUCCUCCUCCUCUCCAGAACUAAUUUUCAGGGGCACUGAGGGCCAUAGGCAGGAGGGGGAGACCAGAAAAAAUACCUCCCCUCUUCCUGUGUUAGCAGGUGCCACCUGCCGGAUCACAGUCCUUGCGCCUUGUGUAGGGGCAGCAAUUAGUUAGUCCCUAGUUACUAACUUACACCCUUUUUCUUAUACAAGCACUCCUUCCUCUACCUAAACUCUGCUUUAUAACAAGUUAGCUUUCUGGACAACACUCUACAGCAAUAACGUUGGCUUGUUUCAAACAAGACACAUCCAUAUCCAAAUCCAGAAUUUUUUUACUGUUUACAUUCAGCUUUUCUUUGCUGUGUAGUAAUGUAUUAAUAUGGGAAUGGAAAAUGGUUUCAGUGUUGCACUGACUGUCUCAUACUCACAGGAGAAUCAGGAUCCUGCAAAAAAGACGUAUAGGUGCACAUGAUUCAGAAGAUAAGUUGUACUGCUUCAAUUUUGGCUUUUUCUGAAUACUUCAGGCAGUGAUCAGGGAGGCUCAUUUUCAUUUUCUGUAAAGAAGUCCCUCAACUAAUGGAAACAUAUUUAAAUUUAAGAAACCAUUGAUUUGGUUGGCCUUAUUUUACACGUGGAUAUGCUCACCCCAGCUCAGUUAUAUGCUAGAAACUAUUUAACACCAAGUAAUUUUACAGUUCCUCUAGUGCUCACAAACCUGUUCCCUUUAGCACUAUUUCUUAGUAGGCUGAUUUCUUAAAAGAUUUUAAACCAAAGGAUAAAAUUUGCAACUACUGUAAAAUAUAACGGCAAAAUCAUGUUACUUUUUAUAUCUGAGAGGAACCACCAGUCUACUGCUGUUGCUUUCUGUCUGUUGCUUAAAAUAUUGGUAUCAACAAUGCAGUUAUCACUGAAGCCCCCCAAAUAUUCAAGAAAUCAUGUCCUUACUAAAUUUGAUUGAAUUGUCAAACUAGUUGCUUUAAAAUAGAUUCCGGGAUGGAUGGCAAAAGGCAAACUCAUUUAGAGUGUUUAGGACUGUUGACUUACCCAAGAUUUUUGGAGGGUAAGUUUGAAAAAAUUAAUUCACAAUAAAAUAGCCCAACUCAGUCCUUUAAUCCUUUCAGUGAUGAUCACCUGCAUAGCUCAGUUGGUUAGAACAUGGUGCUGAAAAACCCUUUCACUGGUCUUCACUUGCUCACAUUUUCCCUUCCACAGAGUUAAUAUUCCCUGUGUAUUCAUAACUGUGGUAAGAGAAAUAAAUAUGCCUACUUAGAUUCAGAAUUGGCACCUUUGAAACCACUUGUCAGGACCCUUAAGACACUCAUAUGAAUGUAAAGAAGUUACCUUUUCAUUACUCUCAAUAUAUAAACUGGAUAUUCUGAAUUAAUUGCUACCUGCUAGAGAGGUGGCAAGAAUUUGUCAGCUUAAUUUAUAGCUCUGGUAAUAUGAAGCAGCUUUCCAAGGCCCAACAAGCCACCCUGUGACAAGAUGUCAAACCGCAGGAUUUUCCUCAAAUAAACACUGUACUGGUUUUAUGACAUCUCAAAAGUACUCUUUACUGUAUUUUCUUUUCCCUACAAGGUAUGAUAUGGAAAGAAAGAAAGGGCUUGAGAACUGCAGUUGGAUGUCCAGCAAAACAAAAUAAAUUAGUAGUUAUGUUCUCAAUAUCCGAGCAGGAGAAAACUGAGAUUUCUUACAAUCAUUCUUCUUAGAUUAGCUGUCUGUCAAGACCAAGCAAGCAAAGUAUUUAAAAUUGAUUUUUAAAUACAGAAUCAGGGCAUAAGGAAAUAAUUGUAUGUAGUUUUGUUGUAGUAAAUGUAGUAGAUGAACUGAAGCAUUGCUUUUCUGGUAAUGGAAAAGAAGGCUUUUGCUCAGAGGCAUGUGAAUCCUUGGUAAGCAGUAAUGAAUGGCUUUUAACUCAUGAAAGUGAUGUAUAUGAUUAGCUUUAUCUUUAUACUUCUGACCUAGGGAAAGUGCACUCGUGAGGGAUGUAAUUAUUUUAACAGUUUUAGUGAAGGGAGGGGGAAUCUACAUAAGAGAUUUUUUUUUAAUAUCAGAAAAUAUUUUUCUACAGUUAUGUACAAUCAUUCUUUAUAUUGACUUCUUCAGCAUGGCAUGCAAGUCUAAGGUACAACAAAAGGACCUGGCUGUAUUGUACCUUUAGAGUAGAAAAUUAAAAUAGCAUCUGUUGGAUGCUUUUGUUAGCAUCAUAGAACUGAAGUGCUGAUAAGGAGACUAAAGGACUGAUAACUUCUGAUGGUUUUAUUGAGAGCUAUGUAUGUUUUCAAAAAAUACUGUAUAUGUGUAAUCAGAAAUGUUCCAGAUAUAACCACAGAUGAGCCUUGAAAGAUACAAUUGCUUGUAUCCUUGUCAAAGGGCAGGUUUUGUAGUCUUCAAAAGAAAUUGAAUUUAUACAGCAAAUAAACUUUCAAAGAUAUA